GCGGAAGUCGCUGUGUGGUCGCGUGAAGUCUGCAUGUUUGCGGUGGAGUUUGUAAAAUAAAAAAGUUUUUUUUUUAAUUUGCAACAUAAACCAUGUUAUUAAAGACGAGCGGAAAGUCUGCGGAGCUUCACAGCGAGUCGGGAGACGCGAUUCAAACCUUUUUCAUCUAAAAGUUUGCUUAAUAAAAGGCGGAAAUGAAGGUGUGCGUGACGCUCGUGACGCUGCUCGUGCUGUGUGCUGGGGGGGAGGGGGCCAGGCACGCGCUUCUCAUCAUCGCCGACGACGCCGGGUUCGAGACCGAGGUCUACAACAACACGGUGGUCCGAACCCCUCACCUCAGAGCUCUGGCUCAGCGCGCCGUCGUUUUCCGUAACGCUUUCACCUCGGUCAGCAGCUGCUCGCCCAGCCGCUCCACCAUCCUCACUGGGUUACCUCAGCACCAGAACGGGAUGUACGGCCUCCAUCAGGGCGUGCACCACUUCAACUCGUUUGAUGGCAUACAGAGCCUCCCGCUUCUACUGCAACACGCCAACGUCCGCACCGGCAUCAUCGGGAAGAAGCAUGUGGGUCCGAGCGCCGUGUACCCGUUCGACUUCGCCUACACCGAGGAGAACGGCUCGGUGCUGCAGGUGGGCCGCAACAUCACACGGAUCAAACUGCUGGUGAGGAAGUUCCUUCAGGAGCAUCGAGAGGAGGAGGAGAAGAACGGAGGAGAAACUCGGCCCUUCUUUCUGUACGUAGCGUUCCACGACCCGCACCGCUGCGGCCACUCGCAGCCGCAGUACGGCCCGUUCUGUGAAAAGUUCGGCAACGGAGAGAGCGGCAUGGGAAGGAUUCCUGACUGGCACCCCGAGCACUACACGCCUGAGCAGGUCAAGGUGCCGUAUUUCAUCCCGGACACCCCGGCAGCUCGCGCGGACAUCGCCGCUCAGUACACCACCGUUAGCAGACUGGACCAGGGUGUUGGUUUGGUCCUGCAGGAACUGAGGGACGCCGGGUUCGAGAACGACACGCUGGUGAUGUACAGCUCUGAUAACGGAAUCCCGUUUCCUAAUGGACGAACCAAUCUGUACGACGCGGGCGUGGCCGAACCCAUGAUCAUCUCCUCACCUGAACACCGGGAGCGCUGGGGACAGACCAGUGACGCCUACGUCAGCCUGCUCGACAUUACCCCCACCCUGCUGGACUGGUUCUCUGUGCCGUAUCCUCCCUACAGCCUGAGCGGCAGGUCCACGGUCCACCUCACGGGCCGCUCCUUGCUCCCUGCGCUGUCCUCCGAGCCGAUGUGGGACACGACAUAUGGCAGUCAGAGUCUGCACGAGGCCACCAUGUACUACCCCAUGCGCUCGGUGCGGCACGGCCGCUUCGUCCUGCUGCACAACCUGAACUACCGCUCGCCCUUCCCCAUCGACCAGGACCUGUACGUCUCGCCCACCUUCCAGGACCUUCUGCAGAGGACGCAGGCGGGCACGCCCACCCACUGGUUCAAGACUCUGCGUCAGUAUUAUUACAGGGAGCGCUGGGAGCUGUUCGACACGCACUCGGACCCGGCCGAGCAGAACAAUCUGGCCUCGGAUCCCCAACAUCAAGCUAUACUGCAGCUCCUGAAGGACCAGCUGGUGAAGUGGCAGUGGGAGACGGAGGACCCGUGGGUCUGCGCUCCGGACGCCGUACUUGAGGACAAGAUGGAGCCGAAGUGCAGGCUGCUGUACAACGAGCUGUGAAGGAUCAGCUUCAGCUCGCAGACUGUGAAGCUUCCUGCAAAUUCCUGCAUAAAAACCUUGUUUAAGAUUGUUGCUGGGUUUUUUUUCUCCUGUUUUCCUUAUAGGGAAUAUAUAUAUAUAUAUAUAUAUGCACAGCACUUUAAAAAAAAAUCAAACGUACAAAUAUUACAUACUAUAGAGAUUAUUUCAAAAAUCAUGAAACCACACUAAUGUAGAAGUGAUUAAAACACUAUUAAAGGCUAAUUCUUAUUAAAAGAGA